UGACAGCUGGAAUGUGCAAUCAGAUCCAUCACCCCGCCCUUCUGCGAAACCUCUGCGCAAACCCACCAAUGGCGUCUCUCCGGGGGCGGGGCUAUCGUCGGAAACUCCGCCUCUCUAUACAGCUAACCGAUCGGAGAUUGUUUUCCUCUCUCGGGUAGAUUUUCACUUUGUAGCCCUUAAAUUUUAUUUUAAGUCCCGUUCCACAAAUAAGUCGAUACCCGACCUACAUCGCUUUGGAGUCUUUUGAAAUCGGAAGUGCAGCGAGCAACCCACAAAUAACGGAUUAUCAAAUCUGCGAACUUCUGCUGGCUAUUUGGGAGAGAGGUCUCACAGCUCUCACGAGUAUGAGUUCAUAAUGAAGCGUCGUCUGGAGGAUCAGGAAACGGUUUUUGCGUCCCAGCAGCGGCGCCUCGCUGGCAACGCUGAGGCUUUCCAGCAUCGUGUCCUGGCCCCGGCUCCAGCGCCAGCUGUGUAUGAGGCCGUCUCGGAUAACAUGCAGCCCACAGCAGGCGUCCAGUACUCCGUCCCACAAGGAUACCAGGUCCCCACGGUCGCUCAGAACAGUGGCGGGCACGGACACGCCCCGAGCCAGGCCGUCCAUGGCGGGUCGCACCACCACAGCCCAGCAGUUCAGUCCCACGGCCCCUCGGUGAUGCCUGGCCACGGUCACACUGCCGCUCCUCAGGCCUCUGCCCAGGGCCAGCAGCAGUUUCAGAGGCUUAAGGUGGAAGAUGCUUUGUCCUACUUGGAUCAGGUGAAACUGCAGUUUGGCAACCAGCCUCAGGUCUACAACGACUUUUUAGACAUAAUGAAAGAGUUCAAGUCUCAAAGUAUUGACACUCCGGGGGUCAUCAGCAGAGUGUCCCAGCUCUUCAAAGGUCAUCCCGACCUCAUCAUGGGUUUUAACACUUUUUUGCCUCCGGGGUACAAGAUCGAGGUCCAGACCAAUGAUCUUGUCAACGUGACAACGCCCGGUCAGAUCCACCACAUCACCCCGCACGGCAUUUCAGUGCAGAACAUCCCCAUAACGGGACCGCCCACACAACACCCGCCCCCGGUCCCCUCCGCCGCCGCCACCACAGCCCCGCCUCCCCCCGCCCAGCCCACCCCGGCUAAAAUGAGCAAGCCUCUUCAGCCUCAGGCGUUGACGACAAGCAGCCAGAGCAAUCCGUCCAUCCCCGCCUACCCCUCCCCCCGCUCCCCGCCCAUCCAGCUCCACCCGCCGCUCGGCGGGAACCCCGCGGGGCCGCCCAUGCAGAACAACCAGCCCGUGGAGUUCAACCACGCCAUCAACUACGUCAACAAGAUCAAGAACCGCUUCCAAGGCCAGCCUGACAUCUACAAGGCCUUCCUGGAGAUCCUCCACACGUACCAGAAGGAGCAGCGUAACGCCAAGGAGGCCGGAGGAAACUACACACCAGCCCUGACGGAGCAGGAGGUGUACGCUCAGGUGGCUCGGCUCUUCAAGAACCAGGAGGACUUGCUCUCAGAGUUUGGACAAUUCCUCCCUGAUGCCAACAGCUCGGUGCUGUUGAAUAAGACCACAGCCGAGAAGGCCGAGUCCGUACGAAACGACCACGGCGGCACGGCCAAGAAGCUCCAGCUCAACAACAAACAGAGGCCCAAUCAGAACGGCUGCCAGAUCCGCCGCCAUCCCACCCCAGGGACGCCCCCCAUCAAGAAGAAGCCGAAGUUACUGAAUUUAAAAGAUUCCUCAGUGGCAGAGGCCAGCAAGCAUGGAGUCGGCACAGAAGCUCUGUUCUUCGAGAAGGUACGCAAAGCUUUGCGAAGUGCAGAGGCCUACGACAACUUCCUGCGCUGCCUGGUCAUCUUUAACCAGGAGGUGAUCUCCAGAGCGGAGCUGGUGCAGCUGGUGCUGCCCUUUUUAGGGAAAUUCCCUGAACUGUUCAACUGGUUCAAAAACUUCCUGGGAUAUCGUGAAAUGUCCCACAUUGAAACGUACCCCAAGGAGCGGGCCACCGAGGGCAUCGCCAUGGAGAUCGACUACGCCUCCUGUAAGAGACUCGGCUCCAGCUACAGAGCUCUGCCCAAAAGCUACCAGCAGCCCAAGUGCACGGGAAGAACUCCGCUCUGUAAAGAGGUCCUAAAUGACACCUGGGUGUCCUUCCCAUCCUGGUCUGAAGACUCCACGUUUGUCAGCUCCAAGAAGACCCAGUACGAAGAGCAUAUCUACAGGUGUGAGGACGAGAGAUUUGAGCUGGACGUUGUACUGGAGACCAACCUGGCCACGAUCAGGGUCCUGGAGACGGUGCAGCGGAAGCUGUCCCGCAUGUCCGCGGAGGAGCAGGCCAAGUUCCGGCUGGACAACACGCUCGGGGGCUCCUCGGAGGUCAUCCACCGCAAGGCCAUCCAGAGGAUAUACGGAGACAAAGCCCCCGACAUCAUCGACGGCCUCAAGAAGAACCCUGCUGUUUCCGUACCCAUCGUGUUAAAACGGUUGAAGACGAAGGAGGAGGAGUGGCGGGAAGCUCAGCGGGGCUUCAACAAGAUCUGGAGGGAGCAGAACGAGAAGUAUUACCUCAAGUCUCUCGACCACCAGGGCAUCAACUUCAAACAGAACGACACCAAAGUGCUCCGGUCCAAGUCGCUGCUGAAUGAAAUCGAAAGCAUUUACGACGAGCGCCAGGAGCAGGCCUCCGAGGAGAACGCCACGCCGCUCACGGGCCCCCACUUGACGCUGGCGUACGAGGACAGCCAGAUCCUGGAGGACGCCGCGGCGCUCAUCAUCCACCAUGUCAAGAGGCAGACCAGCAUCCAGAAGGAGGACAAGUACAAGAUCAAGCAGAUCAUCUACCACUUCAUCCCCGACAUGCUCUUCUCCCAGCGGGGCGAGCUGUCGGACGUGGAGGAGGAGGAAGAGGAGGAGGAGAUGGACCUGGAGGAAGGCGCCUCCAAAAAGCACAACGGCGUCCCCGGCAGCGGGAGCCCCUCCAAGUCCAAGCUGCUGUUCAGCAACACGGCGGCGCAGAAGCUGCGCGGCUGCGACGACGCCUACAACCUCUUCUACGUCAACAACAACUGGUACAUCUUCCUGCGGCUGCACCAGACGCUGUGCUCGCGCCUGCUGCGGCUGUACGGCCAGGCGGAGCGGCAGAUCGAGGAGGAGGUGCGGGAGCGCGACUGGGAGAAGGAGGUGCUCGGGCUCAAGAAGGAGAAGAACGACAAUCCGGCCAUCCAGCUGAGACUGAAGGAGCCCAUGGACAUCGAGGUGGAGGAUUACUACUCUGCCUUCUUGGAGAUGGUUAAGAACCUGCUGGACGGCAACAUGGAGGCUUCUCAGUACGAGGACUCUCUGAGGGAAAUGUUCACCAUUCACGCCUACAUUGCCUUCACCAUGGACAAGCUCAUCCAGAGCAUCGUCCGGCAGCUCCAGCACAUCGUGAGCGACGAGAUCUGCGUGCAGGUGACGGACCUGUACCUGACGGAGAGCCUGAACGGGUCCAGCGGCGGGGUGAUGUCCACGCAGCCCUCCCGGAGCUCCACGGAGGGAAUCUACCAGAGGAAGGCCGAGCAGCUCAUGUCCGACGAGAACUGCUUCAAGGUGAUGUUCCUGAGGAGCAGAGGUCCGGUGCAGCUGACGGUGGAGCUGCUCGACACCGAGGAGGAGAACUCAGACGAGCCCAUGGAGGCCGAGCGUUGGUCGGACUACGUCGGACGCUACUUGAACCCAGACUCCACCACCCCGGAGUUGAGGGAGCACCUCGCUCAGAAGCCCGUCUUUCUUCCCAGGAACCUGAGGCGAAUCAGGAAGUACCAGAAAGGCCGCGAGCAGAUGGACAAGGAGGCCUGCGAAGGGGGGAAGAAGUCCCUGGAGAAGGAGAAGAUGGAGUGCAUGUUCAAGCUCAACUCGUACAAGAUGGUCUACGUCUUCAAGUCGGAGGAUUACAUGUAUCGACGCACCGCCCUGCUGCGAGCCCACCAGUCUCACGAGCGGGUGAGCACACGGCUGCACAAGCGCUUCCAGGCCUGGGUGGAGUCGUGGGUCAAAGAGCACGUCAACCACGACAUGAGCGCCGAGACCAACAAGUGGCUGAUGGGCGAGGGGCGCGACGGCCUGCUGCCCUGCACCACCUCCCGCCACCCCGAGGUGCUCCACUUCAUGAACAUCAACAAGUACCGCGUGAAGUACGGCACGCCCAGCAAGGCCCCGUAGCAGGGCGCCGCACUGACUCCUGGGGGGGUUUAGUUCUCAACGUUAACAGGUCAGAAGUACAGGUGGGGUCAUUCGUGUUUUUAAAAGGCCGACACGGGAGCACAAUGAAGCUAGCUACCUGUGCGUUGCCCCGGGGCGGCAGGAUUACUGAUUUUUUACCAGCGUUUUUAGCUGGGCCCAUUUUUUUUGCAGGGCCUUCGGUGCCAAAACUUAGGAAUGGUCUUGUUCCGGUCGCAGACCUGAGCUCUUACCAGCAAUCAGAGCCACGCCACAAACUUCCUCGAGCCGUUGUUCGUUUUCUUUUUCUUUUUCUUUUUUUUUUUUCUUUUUCUAGUCUCGACAGGACUUGGCGAUUCACACGGCAAGCCUGUAAAAAUACAAAACAAACAAAAAGAGAGAGAGAGUGGUGCUUUUUGUACUCUGUGACAGCCGCAGCUUGAGCUGAGCUUCCCGCCAAGCGUCCGGCCUGAAGCCACCCGGGCGACGGGCCGCGCAGGGGUUCCUCUGCCACAGUGUUAUUCUGUAGAACAUUACGAUGGACAAGUGCACUUAUUUUAGGAGGAGGGACGUGUUGCAGGAGCUUGGUUUCUGAAGGUUUUCUGGGAGGGGGGGGGGCAGCUCAGCGAGGGUCUGAAAGACCUGGUUCAGACAUUCCUGCGUUGCGGCCAAAUCGCAAUCAUCAAUCUUCACUAGACGGAGAGAGGGUUACACUUCCUCCCUCCCGAACACAUGGCAGCAUUAUUAGAAACUGUGCCUGAGCCCCAAACUGGAUUGUCGGGUUAGGAGAAGAAAACACUGUUGGAUCUAAUGUAAAAACGAUAAAAAAAAAAAAAAAAACAAGCCUCACAACACUGUUUGGUCUCGGACUGUAAAAUUGUAUAGCUUGUGAAUGUCAGAUACUGACAUGUAUUCCAGUGUAUGUGUUGUGUGUAUAUAUAUUAUAUAUAGUUCUAUUAACACACACAAUCCUCGCCGCCCUGGGAGUCAACCUUUUUAAGAUGCCCUCCGCCAAUACACCAGCUUGUACACACUUUCUCUCACACACACACACACACACACACACACAAACGCGCGCAUACAGGAGCACGCAGCCGUGCGCGUCUCGUCCCGGGAAGACUGUCCACAAGCCGCUCGUGUUGUAAAUACACUGUACAUAGUCUCAGACUUUUUAUGACAGAUCCGUGUUGUUGUGCUAGUAAUACUUUCCAAGCUUACUGUGGACUUUAGUGACAAACGGCUAAAGUUAGGAUGUAAAUGAAAAAGACAAAUGCAAGACCAUUUAUUACCGUUUUUACCAAAGGGAGUCGAUCAU